AGUUCCUCACUCUCUCGGUCUCUCCUACCUUCCCGCACGAAACCACCGUAAACCCCCCACCACAAAUGCUCCUCCGGGCGGCGGCCGCCGCCGCCCACCGCCUCCGCUUCAUUCCCCCGGCCCGCCGCAUAUCUUCCUUGAAGGUCCCGUGGCGCCGGGACGCGGUCCUGGACGCGUCCAUCGACCGCGACCGACGCUUCCACCAAGCGUCCCGCCUCGUCCGCGAGGUGCUCCUCUCCCCCGGCCGCCGCCUCCUCCUCCGCUACCUUUCCAAGCGCCGCCAGCGCAUCCGCCUCCCGGUCCACGUCGCAACCUUCCUCCGCCGGUACCCCACGCUCCUCUCCGUUUCCCCUCCCCCCGACCCCGUCGCCUCCCCGUCCCCGCAGCUCGCCUCCUUCCUCGAAUUCGCAUCCCGCCUCCAGGCCGCCCACUCCCCGCUCCUCGCCGCCAGGCUCGCCAAGCUCCUCAUGAUGUCCUCCACGCGCGCGCUGCCGGUCGCAAAGAUUGCUGCUGCCAAGCGCGUCUUCGGCCUCCCGGACGACUUCUUGGUCUCGCUGGUCCCGAGGCACCCCGAUCUCUUCCGCCUCGUCGGCGACCCAGGGCCGGACGCGUCCGGCGACGCGUUCCUGGAGCUCGCCUCCUGGGACGACCGACUCGCGAAGUCCGCGAUUGAAUUGAGGGCGGACAGGGAGGCCGAUGUUGUUGGCAUACGGCCGAGGCCCAACUUUACAGUCAAAUUGCCAAAGGGGUUCUACCUCAAGAAGGAGAUGAGGGAGUGGGUGAGGGAUUGGCUUGAUCUGCCGUAUGUGUCACCAUAUGCCGACACUUUCGGGCUUCACCCGGCAUCACCAGAGGCAGAGAAGAGGUUGAUUGGUGUUUUACAUGAGGUAUUGUCCUUGUCAGUUGAAAGGAGGAUGGCGGUGCCAAUCAUAGGGAAGUUCUGUGAUGAGUUUAGGCUAUCGAAUGCGUUCUCUAACGCGUUCACGAGACACCCGGGGAUAUUCUAUGUUUCAUUGAAGGGUGGCAUUAAGACGGUGAUAUUGAGGGAGGCGUAUGACGAAAAUGGAGAGCUUGUGGAUAGGGAUCCUAUGAUUGAGCUGAAGGAGAGGUUCGUGGCAAUCAUGGAUGAGGGCCAUAAGAAGUAUUUGGAGGAGUUGAGGAGGAGGAAUGAGAUGCUGCAGAAAGAGAGGGCAAAUGCAAUUCACAGGGGUGCCAAAGUUGACACAAAUAUUGAGGAAAGAGAUAUGGAGGGGUCAGAGGAAGAUGAAGUAUAUGAUUAUGCACAAGUAGAAUCAGAAGGAAGAGAGCCAUUGUAAGUGGUGGUUGUGAUGUUCAUUAUGCUUCUAUGAUAAUGGGACCUAAAGAACAGUGGCAAGGAGAUUGGAUGUUUUGACAGAUUCGAAUGUGAUCAUUAGGCAGCCAGUAAGAAGAUGGCUUAGUUAGCAGGUAAUAAAUAAUACGAGGUUAAUCUUCAACCACUUUGUUUUUCAAAUGAUGCUGAAAUGUAGGUUUAUCUUCCUUUUUGUAAAGAGUUCUGUGGUGACAGGGUUUUCAAUGAUUUACCACUUAAGUCUUCAGUCAGUAGUUUUCAGGAGAUCCAUUUUUGUGACAGAUUAAGUCACCUUUGGACUGGGAGGACACUGAUGGCUUCUGUUUUGGAACCAUAGGAACAUUCUGAUCCAAGUAUAUUCUUUGUUCCAAAACUAUCACUUCAUCGACUUUUUACUAAUGUGUGAUGUUUACACUGCAUCGAUGGAAUCCUUAUCAGCUAUUAGAGUGGUAUAAACAUCCCAUUCUCACAAUGAUCUCUGUCUACUACGUGUUGUAAAUGUACUCUGUACUGAAGGAACAUUUAUGUAUGCCAUUAAAAGGGACUCGUAGGCCGUGUCUGUGGAGGCGUUUGUGUCCUUGGGAACUCUUCUGGAAUGCCCCCAUUGCGAAGCCGUGCGGACAUUGUACACGGCCGCGGUCGAGGAUGGCGCGGGUGCGGACGCGACCAUGUCCACGUCUAAAACACAGACGAAUGCGUGUUGCCAAAAGUAGCUGUAGUCGGCGCAGUGGGUUGCCCCUUACCAUCUAGUUUUUGAUGAAAGUCACAAGGUUGGAAUGUUAUAGCAGCCACAUUAGGUGUAAAAUCACUUUUCGUAAUUUCGCAAAAGGUGCUCAAGACUGUAUACUCGAGGUGGGGGUGGAACGGGAAUUGUCAGAUCAUAACGUCAUAUGAUCCUAAUAUAAUCAUAGUUUUUUUUGAAACGUGGCAAAAGAUUUGCCACAUGUAUUAACUGCGAAGGGAAUAGAGUGUUUUCGUUA